UCAUAGUGGCUCUAAUACUCCCUCCUAAUGGCCACCUCCUGGAGGCGCCACUGGAUUCAUCUCCCAGAAAGCCGAGCGCGCGGAUGGUCCAUCAGCGCAGAUCUGACAGCUGUGCGGAUGGACCUUCAGAGACCAUCCAUGCGUUUAUAGAUCAGUUGUUUUAAAUUGGGUCAAGCUUGAAGCAUCGUGCUCCUUGUGUUUACUUCUCCCGCAUGUCUCCUGCUUGCAAGGAUGCUCAGCUUUAACGGAGUGAGAAUCUUCAAAAAGAUGUUUUAUUGAAGUAGCCAUGUUCGUACCAUCCUCCUUCCCACCGCUGCCCGGGCAAUGAGUGAGUAAAACAGCAGUUUUGAACAGUUCCUCUCGGGCACGGCUGCAGUCGAGUCGACGGGCUCCAUGAUGGCGAUGUUUCGGAGCUUUGUCUCCGGGAGCACACAGCUCCGGCAGCAGCAGCAGCAGACCAACAGCGGCUCGGGCCCGCUGGCAGCCCCGGCUGAGGGCGUCGAGAGCCAAUUCUCCUGUCCCAUCUGCUUGGAGGUCUACUACAAACCCGUCAGCAUCGGCAGCUGCGGACACACGUUCUGUGGGGAGUGUCUGCAGCCAUGUCUCCAGGUAACCUCCCCUCUGUGCCCUCUCUGUCGCGUGCCCUUUGACCCCAAAAAGGUGGAGCGCUCCUCCAAUGUGGAGAAACAGCUGGCCUCCUACAAAGCCCCCUGCAGGGGCUGUAGCAAAAAGGUGUCUCUGGUAAAGAUGAGGUCCCACAUCUCCUCCUGUUCUAAAGUUCAUGAACAGAUCGCCAACUGUCCCAAGUUUGUCCCCGUAGUACCCACCUCCCAGCCGAUACCAAGCAAUAUUCCAAACAGGUCAACAUUUGUGUGUCCCUUCUGCGGGGCCAGAAACUUGGACCAACAGGAACUGGUGAAGCACUGCAUGGACAACCACCGUAACGAUCCUAAUAAAGUGGUUUGCCCCGUGUGUUCGGCCAUGCCGUGGGGAGACCCCACCUAUAAGAGCUCCAACUUUCUUCAGCAUCUUCUUCACAGACAUAAGUUCUCAUACGACACCUUUGUUGACUACAGCAUUGAUGAAGAGGCAGCACUUCAGGCAGCUCUGGCACUGUCGCUGGCUGAAAACUGACAACACUCAUCACCUUUACUCUGCUGUUCUUCCAUGGGUGAGAAGGUAUUAUCCGCCGUACUGACGAACCUGACCCAUCAAACCUCAGACACUGUUCCAGCCAAGCUUUGGAAGACAACCUCACUUGUUUCUCCUGGUGUAGCACUUCAUCCACUUCGAUGGAUUACCAAACAAAAGCAGUUUGUGUGCAUCUUCUUGGUUUCCAAUGGAUUCCAUAACCCGAGAACAAGCUUGGGUCAGGAACGGUGCUCCAGAGACACUGAUCGCAUGUUGACUUUGCAGUCCGUGGGGUUCAUCACAGCACAGCUUCAGAUCACUUGACGGCUCCUAUUUGGACCUCCACAGCAGGAGGGGCUACCUCCCUGAAAAUAAAACAUGCUGCUGAUUUCUAAAACCUCACCAGUAUUUCAGGCCUGUGUGUUCACCAAUAACCUCCCAUCAAGUCCUGACUGCUGGUACCCACUGUGAGUACUCUGAUACUUACAAUAACAGACUUCAGUUGUCCUCCCUGCAGCAACCAAGAUGUAACAUCCAGCAAGCUGGCCAGCCCUUAAUAGCAUCUGCACAAACAUGGAGGGGUGUAACAGUACAGUGAUAAUCGGGUGUUUAUAGACGCUGUAUAAAAAGACAACCAUUUUUCACAGUCUGACAAUAAAUCAAACUAAAGUUU